AUGGGUAUUCCUGCUGAAAGAUCCAGCAUUGCUGGUUCCCUAUCCUGGGAUGCUGGUUGCUGGUCCCCAUCAAGAGAAGCCGGUUUGCUGGUGGACCAGCAUAAGUGUGUAUAUUGGUUCUGUCUUCCCACGUUCCCAGCCUGUUUGUCACCAUGGUCACUAAUUAAUUUGAGUAUUCAGUUCAGGUGUGUCUUGUUACUCAUCUCAUUAGUUCUUGUUGUUUGCCAUGUGAUUAUAUAUCCUGUGUUCUCACCCAUUCUCUGUUCAUCCUCAUUUGAGAUAGUGUUUGGUUGUUUAUUCCUUGUAUAUUCUUCUGUGUUUAAUAUAGAUCACAAUCUGACCAUCGUGUUAUUUGGAAGCUCUGCGGCAGUCCAGUUUCGAUAUGACAAUGUUCUACUUGGAGAUAUUGGCAAUGUAAAAAAAUCCUGGUUCGUUCCUUUGCAUAAGAAGAUAUCAGGACAUCAUGUCUCAGUGAUCAACAUGAUUGGCUUACACGAGACUGCACUUGAUCUGGACCAGUUAACUGGUCAACUAGUGAAUGAAAAUGAAAUCAUUGCCUUCAUCUUUGUCGUGCGAUCGAGUCAGUUAACAGAUGCUGAUAAGAUGGGUAUUGAUUGGCUUCGGAGAGUAUUUGGUGACAGAGUUCUUCAGUUUGUGUUGAUUCUUUUCACCUAUGAGAGCGAAGAAGAAUCGGACUCAAUAAUAGAUGAUCUGAAGAAAAACUCUGCUCUGGAGCAUCUACUGAAGGAAUGUGGUGGAAGAUAUCAUACUUGCAGCAAAGAUAUGAACAAACAGUCAGAGAUGAGAGACUUGAUGAAAAGGAUUGAGCGUCUAUUAAUUGAUAAUGAGCAGAGGCGCUACACUAGUGAGAUGUACAACACAGCAAUAAGAGAGAGAGAAGACCUGCAAAGGACAUGUCAAAGUAAGAAAAGAAUAUUUGGUUUUCUGAUGUAUUUGAUGUUUAUUUACUGCUGACUCAAUUCUAACACUUCAAUUCCUAAUUUAUCAAUUAUACUAUUAUAGAGUAAGAACAAGCAACACUUACAGACAAAAAAAAUAACCAGUUUCAACAAAUCACUGUUGACCUGUAAACCUUCAUGUUGUUACACGGUUUUUUUUUGUUGUUUUUUUUCAGUUUUUUUCCUGUGGAAUAGAAAUAAAGAUAUUUGAAAAGUCAGUACAAUCGAUAUUGGAUCCAAUUGACUUUUCAUAGUAUAUACCAAAAAACAAACAAACAAAACAAUCGUUUUACAUGUAUUUAAAUUUAAAAUCCAUUUUAAUAUUCACUUUCUUUUUCUGUCACAAGAACAAAACAAGAGAAUGGAAGAGAGGAUGGAAUACAACACAGAAACAAAGAUACAUGGGGUAUGUGUGGAAUGAAGUGCUAAAAUAGAAGUGGAAGUCAGAUAAAAAAAACAUUAAAUAUACAGCUUAUAUUACUUUGUGAUUUUAAAUACUUUACACAAGACAAUGUCUUUAUUUUAGAAUUGUAAAUUGUAAAUAAAGUUGUAAGAUAAUCCACAGCAAGCUUUCUUUAAUUGUGCUGUUUUGUUUUUCAGGCAGAAG